AUAUAUUUUCUUUUGUUCAGUAAAGAGAACCGUGUUUAUGAGUUGUUAUUAAUUUUAAAAAUGUUCAAUACACAAUUUUAGAGAAUUAAAUAUAAUAAAUAAAAAAUAAACUCCUAUGGCUUAUUACCUUUUGGAAAUCUAUUUAAAAUUAUGUCACCUUGAUCACCCUGUGGUCUGGAAUUCUGCUCGAUCAGCUGUUGAAUACGUCAAAUAAUUGUGGCGAAAACUACCAGAAAGAGAACUUGCGCUAGCCUACAAAACAAAAAUAUCUUUUCUUCUUAUUUCAACAUCGAACAACAAAUUUUUCACAUACCUCAUACGAAGGCAUAAUAUUUAUAGAUCGUUUUGCUGCACUCUAUUUUUUUGGCGGGUACUUAAUAGUGCAUAUAAACAUAAACAUCAACACAAAGGUGAUAGUUCAAGCAAAGAUUUGUUGAUUACAAAAUCGAAAUUCUAUUGCAAAACAGGCGCUAACAACAACAACAAAAACAACAACUUAUUAAGUGAUUCGCGUGAUACAACCAAGGCUUUUAGUUAGUGAUUUAAUAUUCCAGAUUCGAUGAGUCAUAGCGAGAGCUCUUCUAACGCACCAUCAAAGAUUAAUGUGGCAAGUGCCUCCUUUGGAGGAAGCACGUUUUGGCAGCGUAGAGAGGAUAUUUUUAAACGUCUUCAACAGAGUGCAGAAAAAUGUAAACUAAAAUUUAGUGGAAAGAAGGAGUUGGCCACGGAAAAAGAUGAUAAUGUGGCCGAAUUGUGUGAAGCAUUAGAAGACGCAUUUACAUACGGCUUGAAACAAAAACAUUCAGUGGUUGCGUUAACAGCGGUCAGUUUGUUCCAAAAUAUGCAUGAGAUUGUAACAGGCAAUAGCUCAGGCAUGAAUGAUAGCAAUGGUGACACUACAUUUUGGGAUUUUUGUCAAAUUCACUUGACUCCACACGAACGCGAACGUUACACACAACUCCAACAUGUCUGUACGAAAUGUGGUCUGGGCAAGGCAUUUAUACGUGCUACAUUGAACGAAAACUCACUGCAGCGAUAUUUACUCACAUGGCUGGCAGAAGAAGACAAUUUGCACCGUUACUAUACGCAAUGGUCGCUUUUGUUAGACGCCAAUGCCAACAAAGAAUUGCCACAAAUUAUUGGUUCACUACAGGAUGUUCUCUUUGCGUUGACCGUUAAUUCAGCUGAGUUGAAUGCACCAACGCGCAUCACACCACUUCAACCGAAUAAAGAGGAACCCGUAAUUUAUGCACCUACACCGGUACCUGCUGCCGUCGGCAAAAAUAAGCGCAGAACACAACCAGUGGAACGGCCCAUUUCAACUGCAAAUUCCACAGAAGAUUUAUUGAAGGUCAUUCAAGAAGUCACUAAAGUGGCAGCCGGAAAAGAGCGUAUGGAUGUAUUUCAAGCUAUGACAGAACUGCCAGUGCAGCAAGAAACUAAGACAACGCCGCCAGAUCCCAUAGAACCAGAAUUAGCAUUUCUGAAAGAGCCCUUGCCCGACAUUUUCCCACAAAGUACGCAGCACUCAACGACAACUGCUAACACCGCCAGCAUACAGCAUAAUGGCAAUGGUGAUAAACAAUUCGUCAACACACUGAGUGAACACGAGUAUGAAGAUCGGAGUGACACAUCAUCGCAAUAUAGCAAGUCAUCAUCUGCCAAUUGCACCGUUAAUCAUGCAGCUAUGGAGGAGAGAUUACGUGAAAUGGAGGAACGCUGCACAUUAUUAGAGACGCGUGUUGCACAAUUGACGCGUGAGAAUCGUCAGCUUGUAAGGCGUUUGACACAAAACUUCAAUGGGCUAGCCAUUGAUCCCACCGCCUCCUUGGCUACGAACUUUCUCAUAACCAUUCCAACGGCCGAUUUAAAAAAGACAAAACAUGGCACAUCCUACUAUGCCUACGAGAUACACAUAACCAUGCGUCAAAAUCUGGAACACUGGUCGUUAUUGCGUCGCUAUCGUGACUUCCACAAACUACAUAAAUCACUACUACAUACUCAUCCUACCGUGUCUUCGGUGGAAUUUCCGCCGAAAAAGCAUUUUGGCAAUAUGAACUUGGCCUUUGUAGAGGAACGCCGUCAGCAAUUGCAAAUCUAUUUGUUGAAUGUGGUGGAGAUUUUACCACAAGUCGAGGCUUGCAAGUCGAAGGCGGAAUUGCAAAAAAUAUUUCCAUUUCUGCGCGAACGGUAACAGCAUUGGCUGUUGUUUUAUACGUUUUUCGUUUAAUAGUAUUAAAUUGUUAUUCACUUGAAAGUGCUUGUUCGAAGAACUACUUUAUUAUUUUUUUUGUUUUUACCACUGUCAAUGGGUUGCUGUUAAUUAUUUUUUUUUUUUCAUAUUUUUAUUACUUGUUAUAAAUAUGUAACUAAGCGUAUUUUAAUAAAUUUAUAUUAUAAAAAAAAAAUUCUGAAAUGUUUUAUAUUUUCCAAAAAGGUUUUUCUCAUCUCAUGUAAAUAAGCAUACAGUGCAGGUUGUGAAGAGUGGAUAAAAAUUGUUUAAACCGCUUGCAUAUUACUAUUGUAUAUACUCAAGUUAUAGUCUAUGUAUAUUUUGAUCACCCGUAGCUUCUAGGUAUCUCUUACAGCUGCAUUUCUUAUAGCAAAUAUAUGUACAAGUACAACUAAACCUAAAAACGUAAACGUCCAACGAUUUGCAUCCAACGAAAAAUGCUAGUUCUUUCUAUGAUAGCUACAAGCUAUACUGAUUUGCUCUGAAAAAUAUGUUCGAAGAUUGUAGCGUUGCCAAUUAAAAAAAGUUUUGCCAUACAAGCGCUUGAUUUUGAUCGAUCAAUUUCUUUCUGGGUGUUAUAAGCUUCGUGGCAAAUUUAAGAUAACCUGUUCCGAUUAUAAAAACUCUAAAUAUUUUUUGUAGACUUUUGCCGAACAGAAAUCCAGGUCUCUUUCAGUUAUGUAGCACCGACUUUCGUGAAUACUUUUUUUUUUUUUGUAUUUUUGAAUCGUUUAGACAACUUGGGGAAUGAUUAACACCAUCUGCUGACCAUAACACUAAAAUUUUUGUUGUGUUCCACUAAAUAUACUCAGUACUGAAAACAACAAAUUUCCAAUAAUUCCAAUAUGCAUGUAUGGUAUACAUAGUAUUAAAAACAUAAAUUUCAAUCUCACCACAUGCAAAAUUUCUAUGGCAAAGUUGCACCAAAUAAAACAGGACGAUUUCACUUAUACUUAUACAAAAUAGGUUGUAAACCAAUUUAUUACGAAAAUUUAAUUUACAAACAUUUUGCAGUAACAAUUAAAAAUGCAUGUAUGUGUGAUAAAAUAAAGAAAAUUAUAUAAAUAUAUAUAAGAUUUUCAAAAAUAGCUUGUAGUACAGUAACACAGUAACCACAACAAGAGUUUAAGCGGAUUUUAUAUAAUGCAGUCAAUUUUUGUUGUAAAAGCAGACGCAAAUUUUAUUAACUGAGGAGUUUAAUUAUUAAAAAAAAAAUAAUAAUAUAACUAAAUUUGGUUAUAAAUUAGGUGGCAAACAAACGUAGGGGGAGUAUAUGCUUACAGUUUUAUGUACAUAUUAACAUACAUUUGUAUGUGCACGUAGGCUUAUUUUAUGUAUAAAAACAACAAAACAAUUAUUACUUAUAAUUUAAUAAUAUUAAUAAACGUUUGAUAAACUACAUAGUUCAAUAUGCAUUUGUGUAUUUGUGUGUGUAUGUAUGUAUAUAUAUUUUGUAAGCACUAUUCUAUAACUAAUUACUUAACGCUACAAACGAAGAAAACUGUUUUAUAUUAUAUUUUUUUUUACUAGCAUAUAGUAGAGUGAUUGGAUAGUUGUUUGCGUGCAGUGUUAGAAAAAAUUGCCAUUCAAGCAUGUUUACAUACGUACAUAUGUUUGUUUGUAUGUAUAAAGGCUGCUUACGAGUUUUGUGUACUUUCUAGCAAAACACAAUUUCUUUUUUAGCUUCAAUACGUUUCUUUCUUUUUAUUUAAUUAAAUUAUGUACUAAGCGCUAUAUUUUUUUGUAAUUGUUCAGUUGAAAUUUAAACAUAUACAUUUUGCAUGUUACUUAGCGGUAUUUCAUUGUUUUGCAUUCAAUAAUUUUGCACUGCAGCGUUGUUUGAGCGUUGGUCAGAGCGGAAGUGGGCGAAAUUUAAAGUUUGCGCAUGCGUGUUUCUAGUAAAAUUGAGAGAAUACAGAGUAGAGACAAUAUGCCAUAUAUAUUUUUUUACAAAAGAUGUAAAUUUAUUUGCUAUUCCACAUUUGUUUGCGUAAGAAUUUAACAAUUUCCGAAAUUGUAAAAAAAUAAGUUUAUAAUAAAUAUUUUUUUGUCAUAAAUUUUAAAAUUCGAGAAAAUAUUUUUUUUAGGCAAAAUUUUAUAACGAAUAUUUUUUAUGUUAAAAAUUUAACAAUUUAGGAUAAAAUUAAAAAGUUGCUCAAAAAAAAUUUUAUAUCAAAUAUUUUUUUAUUAAUUUAUUUUUUCAGAUAUUUUACGUUAAAAGUAUAUACUUUUCUUAAAUGCAUUAUUUAACAAUUUGGGAAAUAGUUUAAACUAAUAAUUUUAUACCCUAUAUAUAUUUUUUUUACGUUAAUAAUUUAACAAUUUGGGAAACAGUAAAAAAAAAUUAAAAAUUCGAGAAAUAGCAAAAAAAAAAAUUUUUAAAUUUACAAAAUAUUUUUAUUUAAUGCAACUAAAAAUACAUAAUUUUUCUGCAUAAAAUCAAUUUAAAAAAAAUGCUUUUUUCUGUUGCUCUUUUAAUUAAUACUUUUGGAUUUUUGCGUAAAAUAAAAAAAAAAGUUACACAAUUUUUUACAAACAAAGCCUUUUAGCAUUAAACUUUAAUUUUAUAUAUGUAUGUAAAUUUGUAUGUGUAUAAAUUGUUUCUUCCUACUAAUUCUCUCUUCAGCUGCAGGCAAAAACUUAAGACCACAAGUCUCUUGACUUUGCCGCCGCACGAAUUGUUUUGCAAUUUUUAUAAGUUCUUCUGUGAACUAUUUGUUAGAAAUAAUUAUAUAUUAUUACAAUCAACUUCAUUUCGCUUUAAGUUCUAAAUUGCAAUGCGCUUUUGCUUUAUACUCUCUUGACUUGCUUUUAUUAGUUUCUAUUAUAAUUUUGUUUUGUUUGAUUUAAAAGUUUUUAGUGUAAAAUUUCGCUCUUAUAUAUAGUUUUUUUUAACUAUAAUUAUAUAUAUUUUUUUAAAAUUAUUUUUUACAAAUAGUAAAGAAAGAGCAAAGUUAAAUUAUAUAUAUAUAUUUACGCAAAUCAUUAGUUGCAUGCGUUUACAAUAAUUUUUAUAAUAUUGGUGACCAUAUUAAAUGAAAAGAAAUGCCACAUGCGCACAUUUGUGUGGCGUUAUGCUUUCGCUUUUAGGUAAUUGCAUUUGAAAUGGAAUAUUUUAUUUGAAAAUUUUUAUAAAUUUGUGUUUUCGUUUUUUAAAUUGUAUAUUCAUGUUUUUUUUUUUUUAAUAACAAAUAAAGUUUUUAACUCAAUUCAUGCUUUUAUAAUAGUCUCCUACAAACACAUCGUGUCUGCCUAUCGCCAAAUAUAUGCGGAUAUUGAACUUAUUUUAAUAAUAAAUAUUUAUACGGAACAAGUUAACCUAAAAAAUAUAUGUUUUUAAAUUUUUAUGUAUUUAUUUACAUUUCUUUAUUAUUAAUUCUUUUGCAUACAGGGUUGUAAGAAAACAAAUUUGUGCUUCUUGUUACUUCUAGUUAAUUUUUUAUUCAUAGAAUAUACUUGUUUUCAGCACUCUAUAAGUUUAAAUAUACAAAUGUAUACAUUUAAGCCGGUGUCUUUACAAAUUUCUAUUUUCUAUAUAUCUACAUACUUUAAAUAUUACAUAAUCAUCGAAAAUAUUGAUUUUGCUUCAAGUGCGUUUUAUAUGUACACGUGUAUUUAGGAUCUGAUUAGUAUUUAUUUCGACACAAAAUCGUCAUAAUAUUGAAAUGAAAGCAGGUUAAGUAAAGUAGUUGGAGAGAAGACUGCUGUAAACCGUUAAAAUUGUAUUAGUAUUUUGUUUAUGCUAUGUAUGUAUAUAUGUAUAUAAUUAAAAUUAAAUAUUAUAUAAUAUAUGCCAACGCUUUAGAAAAGUUUAAAUAUUUUGGAGUAAAUAUAUGUAUGUAAUGUUAAAAAUACAUGUUAAGCCACUUCCAAGUAAUAAAUUUUUAUACUAAUUUUAAAUAGCCUGUUUUCGCUCUACGAAAAUGCACGAUAUAGUUUCGUUAAAUUUAUUUAUUUUUUUAAUGCAAGUCAAAGACCAAAUACAAAUUGUGUGAUCCACACACCAAUUGCACAAAAAAUUGUAAAAAUUUGAUAAUGCUUUGGACAUAAUUGAAUUUUGAGAUGAAUACGACAAGAGUUGGGAAGAUACGCUGACAGAAUAUCUAAAUAAAAAAUAAACUAAAAGUAAAAAAAAAAAAUAUAUUAAAAAAAAUUAAAAAAUAAAUAAAUAUAUAAAAAACAAUUAAUUAAUACAAUAAUAAACAAAAAAUUAACAAAUAAAAUACCAAAAAUUAUUUUAAAAAUAAAUAAAUAAAUACAAAAAAAUUAAAAUCAAUAAAUGAAAAAAAAGUAUUAAAAUAAAUUAAUAAAAAAAAAUAAUAAACAAAAUAUAGAUAAAUAAACAAAAUAUAAAUAAAAAUAAAUAAAUAUAAAUAAAACACAAAAAAAAAAAAUAAAAAUAAAAAAAAAA